GUCAGUAUACACACAGAGAGUCGUCCUGUGAGCAGAGUUGCUGUUGAACUGUACCAAGUUAUAGCACCUAGAGCGUCUCAUUCUGACACUGUUUAGAAGGGUGAACAGAAGCGAAAGAAGGACUUUGAAGAAUGUAUACAUCGUUCUGAAACUAUCGCUGCAGCUGAAGAUAAUAUUUUUUUCGCGGUAGGCUACAAGCAGGAGUGCACGUUGUUACGUUUGUUUAGGGGCACGCUUCUAUUCCAGAGACUCUUGUUUCCGCUUCGGAGGUUAUAAGGAUUUCCCAACCUAGUAAGAAACUUUUCUCCGAGUUUUACAACUGAAAGAAGGAGAGAGGGCAGAAACACACUUCUCUGUCAGUGUGAGUAGCCUACAAGAGACCUUUCUAGCAUAGUUUUUGGUUUAUAUUCUAUGUCUAGAAAAAUGGAAACUACCUUCUACGAGGACUCGCUCAACUCUUUCUCCCAGCAUGAGAAACCGGGCUACGGAUGCAACCCCAAAGCACUGAAACACAGCAUGACACUGAACCUGGCCGACCCAACCAGCACACUCAAACCUCACCUCCGGGCUAAAGCCAGCGACAUCCUCACCUCUCCGGACGUGCAGCUCCUCAAACUGGCCUCCCCAGAGUUGGAGCGGCUCAUCAUCCAGUCCAGCAACGGCCUGAUCACCACCACACCUACCCCGACGCAGUUCCUCUGCCCGAGGAACGUAACUGAUGAGCAGGAGGGCUUUGCCGAGGGAUUUGUUAGAGCUCUGGCGGAGCUCCAUCAUCAACAUGUCUUGCCCAAUGCACCCGGGGUCCCAGUCACCUCCGCUGGGCAGACAAGCAUCAACAACCCGACAAUACUCCCACCUGUUUCCGCCUUGACCGGGAGCACUGUUUAUAACAACAACAUAACCAUGCGCUCUGAGUCGCCUGUCUACGAAGACCUGAACACGUUCACCCCGGCUAUCACCACCAACUCAGCCCCGGGUUACACCACCUCAGCCCCAGCUAUGAGCUUUCCCUCUGCCCCGCCACAGCUCCCUGUCUAUGGGCAGCAGUCUCACCCCCAUCCCAGGCUCACUGCCCUGAAAGAGGAGCCCCAGACCGUGCCUGAGAUGCCCGGGGAGACCCCUCCUGUCUCCCCCAUCGAUAUGGAGAAUCAGGAGAGGAUCAAAGCCGAGAGGAAGCGCAUGAGGAACCGUGUCGCCGCCUCCAAGUGCAGGAAGCGGAAGCUGGAGCGCAUCUCCCGACUGGAGGACAAGGUGAAGAACCUGAAGACUCAGAACUCCGACCUAGCUUCCACAGCAAAUAUGCUGAGGGAACAGGUCGCCCAGCUCAAACAGAAGGUGAUGAACCAUGUCAACAGCGGCUGUCAACUCAUGCUGACGCAGCAGCUCCAGACCUUCUGAGGAGGAGAGGACACUUGGA